AUGGAUCCUCUCAGCAUCACCAGCGCCUCAGUCGCGUUGGCCGCCGCUGCCUAUAAAUGCACGAUUGAGGUAAGAAAGAUCGUUGGCACGAUCGCCGACGCGACCGACUCGCUCUCGGAUCUAGCAGAAGAGGCUCAAUUAAUUCAAGGGGCUCUCCAGGGUGUUGAGGACGCCUUGCGGGACAAUCAUGAGGUAUUCUCGCGAUACAAGGUCGAAGAGGUUUUCUCCAUUGCAGUCAAGGGCUGCCGCGCGACGUUAGCGUGUAUCAAACAGGAGUUUGAGCUGCUUUUUAAUCGCAGUGACUGGAAAGCUCGAUUCCUGUUUCUGUGGAAGGAGGAGGACAUGAAAAGGCUGCUUGGACGACUUGAUCGCAAAUGA